AUGUUGAUCAGAUUAAUGUUCCUAAUGUAUUUUUCUUUCUCCAAUUUUUAUGCUGAUCCAGCCCCUGUUGCCAGUUCACUGUGUGUACAAUAUACCCAUCGGACAGUUGUGAUCACUGGAGGACUUCUGGCUUUCUCAGGAAUGGCAUUGGGAUUUUUUGGACUCAACAUGGUCUGGAUGUAUGCAACAACUGGCUUCCUACAGGGUCUCGGCAUUUCUUUUUCGUGGACACCAGCCAUUAGCAUUGUUAGCCACUAUUUCUCCAAGAAAAGGGCUUUGGCCAAUGCUAUUGCCAGUGCUGGAGAAUGUGCCUUUGCAUUUGUGUUUGGGCCAUUUUUCCAGUGGUUGAUUAGUCAAUAUGGAUGGAAAGGUGCACUCUUGAUCAUAGGUGGCAUCCAACUGAAUAUUUGUGUUUGUGGAGUACUGAUGCGACCCCUGGAAAGCAGCUGCCUCCUUGAGGCCAGCCAUUAUGGAACUGAAACACCACCUGGCAAUGGUGCAUCUGGGAGAGACAAUGAAGAUAAGUCUCCCACCAUGCACAAAACCUUAAACUGGAUGCUUGUGAAGCGACCAGAAUUUGUACUUUAUGCCAUUUUUGGUAUAUUAGCUGCUAUGAGCUUUUUUGUUCCUCCGUUAUUUUUAGUUCCACUUAGCUAUAGCCUGGGAAUAGACGAAUCAUGGACUGCAUCCCUCCUAUCCAUUUUGGCUAUGGUGGACUUUGGAGGCAGAUUGCUGUGUGGCUGGUAUGCCAACCUCCAUGUUACCAAAACCAUUCAUUUGUUGGCGAUGACGAUUACAUUGAUCAGUACUUCCCUGAUGCUGUUGCCACUGGCUAACAAUUACCUUUCCUUGGCAAUAUUCACUGGCUUCUACGGAUUCUUCUUUGGUACAACAGUUGCCAUUCACAUUACAGUGCUGGCAGAUGUUGUUGGCAUGCCAGAAUUUGACAGCGCUCUAGGGCUUUUCAUGCUCAUUCGAAGUACUGGAGGUUUUGUGGGGCCUCCUCUUGCAGGUCUGAUUGUGGACAUGGCUGGAGAUUACAGAGCAAGCUUCUACAUGGCAGGAGCCAUUCUCGUCCUAUCAGCUGGAUUUUUAAUUAUUUUAGAUCUACUCCAACAGAGAAAAAAAAGAGGAAGCAAGAUCAGAACUAAGCCAGAAAAGUUAACAUUACCCUACCCUUCCCUCCAUACCCUGAAACAUCAAACCAGAAGGUACUGAGAGCACAAUGUACUGGUGUGA